GGCGAGCGGCGCUUCGCCUCGCUCGCGUCUUUGUCUCCUCCUCCUGCAAGGCUCCGGGGCCGGGCGCAGGGUCUGCAGCAGCCGCCGCAGCAGCCGGAGCCGAGCGGCGCUCCGCACGGCCGCCCGCGGCCGCACCCUCGCUCGGCGGAGGCGCCGGAGGACGCCGGCGAGCCACGCACGGCCAGCGUCCCGCGCUCCUGCGCCGCCGCCGCGGCGGGGAUCGAGCCCUCCCGGCCGGCCCGGUCCGGGGUGGGCAGCCCGGCCAGCAGCGGGGUGGCAGGAGCCGGCGCCGCAGCUCUGGCAGCUCACACCCCCAGGCAGACGCAUCCAACGCCUCCUCCCUGCGCCACCAGGAUGGAGCAGCCACCCCGGCCCGGGACUGGCGCAAGAAAAGGCAGCUCCUGAUGGUGUGAUAAUCCCAGGAAGAAUGUACUUGCUCUUAACGUGCCCAGGCAAGGACAGGAAUAAUGAAGAGACACAUGUGUUAGCUGCAACCUUUUGAAGCAAGCAAGGAAAAGAUCAGCAGUGUGGACAAGGCUGGACCCGUUGCCACGCUUGCUUGUUGGAGUGAAUGAGGAAUGGGUUUGUGAUUAUGCUGACAUUCCAGCAUGAAUCUGGUAGACCUGUGGUUAACCCGUUCCCUCUCCAUGUGUCUCCUCCUACAAAGUUUUGUUCUUAUGAUACUGUGCUUUCAUUCUGCCAGUAUGUGUCCCAAGGGCUGUCUCUGUUCUUCCUCCGGGGGUUUAAAUGUCACCUGUAGCAAUGCGAAUCUCAAGGAAAUACCUAGAGAUCUGCCUCCUGAAACAGUCUUACUGUAUCUGGACUCCAAUCAGAUCACAUCUAUCCCCAAUGAGAUUUUUAAGGACCUCCAUCAACUAAGAGUUCUCAACCUGUCCAAAAACGGCAUUGAGUUUAUCGACGAGCACGCCUUCAAAGGAGUGGCUGAAACUUUGCAGACUCUGGACUUGUCUGACAACCGGAUUCAAAGCGUGCACAAAAAUGCCUUCAAUAACCUGAAGGCCAGGGCCAGAAUCGCCAACAACCCCUGGCACUGCGACUGUACUCUCCAGCAAGUUCUGAGGAGCAUGGCAUCCAACCACGAGACAGCCCACAAUGUGAUCUGUAAGACUUCUGUGUUGGAUGAGCACGCCGGGAGGCCAUUCCUCAAUGCUGCCAACGAUGCCGACCUUUGUAAUCUCCCCAAAAAGACUACCGAUUACGCCAUGCUGGUCACCAUGUUUGGCUGGUUCACCAUGGUGAUCUCAUAUGUGGUGUAUUACGUGAGGCAGAAUCAGGAGGAUGCCCGGAGACACCUUGAAUACUUGAAAUCCCUGCCCAGCAGGCAGAAGAAAGCUGACGAGCCCGAUGACAUUAGCACUGUGGUAUAGCGUCCGAACAGACUGGCACUGAGAAAGAAAUUCGUUUGCAGUUGCAAUAGAAUAAGUGGUUUACUUCUCCCAUCCAUUGUAAACAUCUAAAACUUUGUAUCUCCCUUUCUUUGGAAUUAUGCCACUGUUGAACUUUUAACAAACGUGACAACAUAAAAAAGAAUUUUAGUUUAGGUGUCCCGCCCCUUAAUUGUACCCCCAGUGGUAUAUUCCUGAGUAAGCUACUAUCUGAACAUAAGUUAGAUCCAUCUCACUAUUUAAUAAUGAAAUUUAUUUUUUUAAUUUAAAACCAAAUAAAAGCUUAACUUUGAA